AUGGCUGCUCCGCGGUCAUUUUGUCUUUGUUCUUGUUCACGCAGCAGCAAACCGUGUCUGGCAGGGGGCCUGCCCUUCGUCCCCUCCUUCUUCGUCGGACGAGAGCUCGUCGGCUUCCGGGGAGGGCAGCCCCAACAACGAGUCACCGCGGCCCGUCUCGUCGCGAGCAUCCCGUUCCUACGACACGGUGAACGCGAGCCCGGCACAACAACCGAGCCCACCGCCAGGAUGGUACGGCAACCCUGGAUUCAGGUCUCCCACGCUCAGCGCCCCGGAUGUCAGAGCCAGAGGGACCGAUGGUGACGUCGCCCACUGGACGCUCGCGUCGUCUGCCGUGCCGGCCACGGGUCCUACGCGCGCCAAGACCCCGUUCCGGGUGACCUCGGCCGACAAGGUGCGCGGGCAUCAGCGACAGCAGCAGCAGCAGCAGCAUAUUCAGCUGGCUGCUGCAGGAGCCGGCGAAGCGCUGCAGAUGGAGCGUACGUGACUCUCUAAAGGAACCUUCGCACCCUCUA